AUGGAGGGUAGAAGUCAUGGGCAUAAGCCGUUGGAGGAAGAUGUUACUCCGGGGACGGAAGACAAAUCACCACCGGUUCAUGGAAUUGGUUUGCGGGUGACGAAUAUUGAGGGUAACAAUCUGUUUCCUAGGCGGGGUAUUUACUCAACCAACAAUAAUUCGGUUAUUGAUGGGUUAUUUGAAAUCUCUAAACCAGUGGAAGUCAAUUCUGGUUCGGGUUGUGAAGGGAGUUUUAUGGCGGCAAUGAAGGAUUUUCAUGCAAACCCUAGUGGGUCGGCUGAUAAGGGUUUGAUGAUCAAUCAAGAUGGUGUGCAAGGUAGCCAGUAUAUCCGAAGGGAUCCAGGUAACUCGAACUUGGAUAGAGGAAACACCGUAAUAGGGCAGUCUUAUGCUGAGAACUUAUCAAAAGUUAUUCCAUCUCAGAAGGUUAACUUCAGAUUUAUGGAAAAUACUAAAGCUGCCGAGGAUGUUGAAGCGGAUGUGACUAUUCCGAUUGCUUCAGUUAAGCAGGUACAGGACAUAUUUAAUAAUGUUUUAUUCGGGUAUUUUCUGGGGAAACGAUUGGCGUUUCCGGUUGUUGAUUACUUUGUUAGUCAUAGAUGGGAGAAAUAUGGGUUGCAGAAAUGUAUGAUGAAUGGUAAAGGGUUUUUCUUUUUCAAGUUUAACUCAAAAGAAGGUAUGGAUAAUGUGUUGCAAGAUGGUCCUUGGCUUAUUAGAAACAUACCACUUUUCCUUAAACAAUGGACACCGAAUACGGAACUAAAGAAGGAAGAACUGAAAAAGAUUCCUGUUUGGGUAAAAAUGCACGAUGUUCCGUUAGCUGCUUACACGGAGGAUGGGCUGAGUUUGAUUGCUUCGAGGAUAGGCACCCCUAAGGUGCUUGAUAAUGAGACUACUAAGAUGUGCAUGGAUUCAUGGGGGAAGGAGCGGAAGGGUAAUGAUGAAUGUCCAGCGAUUGUUCAUGUGAAACCUGUUCAGAAGGGUAAUGAUAAAGUGAAUGUUGAUGAACAAGGGUUUAAGAGUGGCAAUAACCGGAAAAAGAAUUCAAGAAAUCAGUUUAAUAUUAGAGAUAGACAGAGACUUAUCUACAAGCCCAAGAAACAAACCGAAAAGUUGGACAAACAACCUGAUAAGGUGGAUUCGUCCAAACCGAACCCUUCUAAAGCACCGGGUAUUCGUACGAGCAAUGCUUUUGAGGCUCUUAAUGAUAUGGGUGAUGAUGGGGGAUCGGAUGCUGAUGAAGUCAGGCUUAAUGAUGAAAUAGGUGGAUAUGAUUUUAUGGAGGGUUCCAAAUCAGGUAUGUCUAAUAAUACAGGUGCAAGCACACCUGCUCAGGAGGUUUUGGCAAUUCUUGAGUCUCACGUUAAGUUGGCUAAUCUUGAUAAAGUUUGCAAGAGUGUUUUUAGGAGUUGGGAGUGGACGUCCAAUGGGAAUUUAUGCCAUAAAGGCACUAGAAUCAUUCUAGGUUGGAACAGGGCAGAUGUUGACGUAAUGGUGGUGCAUGCUACUGAUCAAGUUAUGCACAUCCAAGUUCUGUUUAAAAAAGAUAAUACUAUGACUAAUGUAUCGGUGGUGUAUGCAAGUAAUAGUGACCAAGAAAGGAAAAAUCUUUGGCAUUCCUUAACAAUGCAUAAAGGAGUGGUGCAAUCGAGGCCGUGGAUAAUUAUGGGUGAUUUUAACGUCGCGUUGAACUUAGAAGACAAAUGUUUCGGCUCUUCUACUUACACGGCUGCCAUGAGGGACUUUAAUGACUGUGUGAAUGUGCUCGAGGUUCUUGAUGUUAGAGCUCAUGGGAUGCACUUUACUUGGAAUCAACGUCCAAAGAAUGGCAUUGGGAUUCGGAAGAAGUUGGACAGAAUUAUGGCUAAUGUUAGUUUCGUGGAUACCUUUGUAGAUGCUUACGCGGUCUUUCUUCCGAAUGGUGUCUCUGAUCACUGCCCAGGUCUGUUGAAAAUGCAAAAGGCAGCUCGGGUUAGACCAAAACCGUUUAAAUUUACAAAUUUCUUGACCCACAAAAAAGAAUUUAUGGAUGUUGUUAGAAACGGCUGGAAUGUCGAAGUGUUGGGAGUUCCGAUGUUUCGUCUUGUCAAGAAACUUAGGGGGUUAAAGCAUCCACUAAGAGUGCUUUUACGUAAACAAGGAAACAUUCACAAGAAGGUGCUUGACCUUAAAGAUGAGCUGGAUAGCUUGCAGAAAUCGUUGGAUUCUGAUCCUUUCAAUUCGGUUCUUAAGGAAGCUGAAAGUGUGUGCAUUAAAAAGUAUACGGAAGCAUCGUUGGACGAGGAAAGAUUUUUGAAACAAAAGGCUAAACAAAAAUGGUUAGAAGCUGGGGACUCAAAUACAGCUUUCUUUCAUAAUGUCUUGAAGUGCCGAAACCAUGUCAAUAAAAUUAAUGUUAUCAAAGACACGGAAGGGACGAUGUAUGAAGGAGAUCAGGUUUCAUCAGCUCUGGUUAAUUAUUUUCAAGGUUUUCUUGGUAAAAAUAGGACUAUGGCUGGUAAAGUGAACCGAGACGUGUUUGUGAAUUCUCUAAACCCUCUCGUGGCAAACAAUAUGUGUCGCCCAGUGACACAAGAGGAGGUUAAAUCUGCUAUUUUCUCAGUUAUUGAGAAUAAGGCGCCGGGACCAGAUGGGUUUACGUCUGGGUUCUUUAAAAAGGCUUGGCCUAUUGUUGGUAGUGAGGUUACUGAUGCUGUGAUUGAUUUUUUUGAGUCGGGUAGAAUGCUUCAAGAGAUUAACCAUACCUUCUUGGCUCUCAUUCCUAAGGUAAACACUCCCGAAGUUGUUACGGAUUACAGACCAAUCUCAUGUUGCAAUGUUGUCUAUAAGGCGAUAAGUAAGAUUCUAACGACUCGGAUUCUGGAAGGGUUAAGGGAUUUGAUUAACAACAACCAAUCGGCGUUUGUCCCUGGAAGAAGGAUCUCUGAUAAUAUAAUGCUAACGCAGGAGCUCAUGCAUAAUUAUCACCGUCAUAAUGGUCCUCAUAGAUGUGCUAUGAAAGUGGAUAUUCAAAAAGCGUACGAUACGGUGGAUUGGGGAUUCCUUAGGGAUGUUCUUCAUGGUUUUGGAUUUCGGCCUAUAUUUAUUGCUUGGGUUAUGGAAUGUGUCACCACUACCUCAUUUUCUUUAAGUAUAAAUGGGAAUGUCCAUGGCUACUUUAAAGGAAAGCGUGGGUUACGACAAGGCGAUCCAAUGUCUCCGUACUUAUUUACUAUGGUGAUGGAGGUGCUAACGUUGAUUCUUUCAAAAGCAGCUGAUUUAGAUUCCUCGUUUAGAUUCCAUAACAAGUGUGAGAAACAAAUGAUAAUAAACUUAUGUUUUGCGGAUGACCUAUUAUUAUUUGCUAGGGGAGAUGUUGGCUCAGUAAAGAUGAUCAUGCGAUCCUUGAAGAAUUUUGAGGAGGUAUCCGGCCUUGUCCCCAGCAAUUCCAAAAGCUCCAUUUUCUUUUGUAAUGUUUCCAGCUCCGUCAAGUCCAGGAUUGUUGAUUUGGUUCCGUUUGAAGAAGGGAAGUUACCCAUGAAAUAUUUGGGUGUUCCAUUGCUGGCUUCGAGACUGUUGAUCAAAGAUUGCAAGGUUUUAGUGGAACGAAUGAACAAACGAAUUGCAGAUUGGAAGAACAGGUUUCUAUCGUUUGCUGGUAGGCUUCAAUUAGUCCUUUCGGUUCUCUCCUCUAUUCAUGUGUAUUGGGCCUCGGUAUUUAUUUUACCAGCUAGUAUUAUAAAGGAUCUGGAGAGCAAAAUGAAAUGGUUUCUAUGGGGGUAUGGCACGAUAUCUAAAGGGAGAGCUAAAGUGGCUUGGAAGGAGGUCUGCCUUCCAAAAUGGGAGGGCGGUUUGGGAAUUAGACGUAUUUUGGAGGUAAACAAAUCCCUUAUGGCCUACCAUAUUCACAGUAUUUUAUCGGAUAGGAAUUCUUUGUGGACGGCCUGGGUUGGGAUUUAUAGACUUCGGGGCCGUAGUGUUUGGGAUAUUCCGGUGCAAGUAAACUCCCCUUGGGGUUGGAAGAAAUUACUGAGAUAUCGACAUAUUUUUCAAGAUUGCUUUUGGUCAAAAAUCGGUAAUGGUCAGUCUACUUUUCUUUGGUUUGAUAAAUGGAGUGCAGAUUGUCCUCUUGCUAAUGUUGUUACUCCUAGACAAAUGGCUAGAUAUGGUCUAUCUAUCAAGUCAAAAGUUACGGAUGUUCAAAAUGGUGCAUGGAUCUGGCCGGAUGAUUGGAGAAGGGUAUACCCGAAUCUAUUUCAGCUUCGUCCGUUGAAUUUGACAAGUGCAAAGGAUAGAGUUUUGUGGCUGAAUUCGGAUGAGGAAACUGUGGACUCAAGAUCGCAUUCUGAAAUGGAAUCAUAUGGUUAUGAGUUCUAUGAACCAGAUGUGUUGUUUGCUAUGCUUUGCGGAUCAAGAGACACAUGA